AUGCCUUGCUCGGUGCCAUCAGCACCUCGUGAUAUCGAGGUAGUACAGGUGAAUGCAUCUGCGGUGAAAGUCAGUUGGGAGCGACCGGCGCAUGCGAACGGUGAUAUCAUUGGCUAUUAUGUGUAUAAGGAUAAAUUGUUGAACGGUGAACCUGUCAAUGACAAGCUGCAACGGGGCAUUAUCUACGACCAACACAAGACACAUACUCUAAUAACUGAUCUAGAACCAAAUACCGAAUAUUCGUUUCGUGUGAAUGCGUUCAAUCGUCACGGUGAUGGUGAAUUCAGCGCAAGCAAGAAAAUUCUCACCGGUGGAUUACCUCCUUCUGAACCUGUAACACAAUCAGUAACUCUACUCAACUAUGAAACACCUUUACGUGCAAGAGUUAAUUGGAAACCUCCCAGGGUCACUUACAAUCUACCAAUCAACAAGUACGUGGUAUGGUACAAACCCCAAGAACAUAUCGCAUACAGAAGAGUCGAAGUGCCAGGGACACAGAACUAUGUAGAAUUGGAUGAUCUGAUGAUGGGUCGGUUGUACGAAAUCAGCGUUGCAGCCGAAAAUGACGACGGUUUGAGUGCGAAUGCAACCGAAUCAUUGACAACACCGGUCGGUAUUCCCGAAGCAGAGCCGUUGAACGUCCGAUACGAAGUCAACGAUGGACAAGUUUAUGUUGACAAAUAG